AAAUCUGUCGUGUUGAUGGCUACAGACUGCGCGUCCGCAGCGCCGGUUCCGUCCAGCCUUCACCGGCAAGCCAGCGCUGCGCCCCCUCCUCGAGAGGAAGUGUCGGUGUAGAUGGUGUACAUAAGUUGCCAGGAAUUCCACAAUGUGGAGUGAUUCCACCCUCAACAAGCUAGCAAUUUUUCUCCUAUCUCUUCUAUAUUCGCACUUAUAUUACUCUCGCCAACCAGGUCUCUAGAUAGAUCAAGGAAAUGUCCCAAGCCACUCAGCCCACGAUAUCCUCGCUCAUGUUGGUGCCGCAUUGGGAUCCCAUCGCAACCCUCAGCAUUGACCUGAAACCGGACGGUCAUUUUACCUGCUCGGGUGUUAAAAACGGAACAACAGACUCCUGCGGCUACCAUCUUAGGGGGGAGAAAGCAUCCAAGGUCAAUCAUUUGAUAGACGACAUCUCAAUCUCAUCGCCACAAAGCGCAACCCAGUCUCUAAGAGCUCUUGCCGACCUCACUCUAUGCCCGAACCACGGGAUCCAAGCUAGGGGCAAGGUGACAGAGUGGAGCGCAACAAUCAACCGCCUAUCACCACCCACACAAUCGGGAUCAAAUAUAUCAAGCGCGCAUACUCCUUCACCAUCUCCUUCCCUUCAAACGGAAGUCACCCCUCAGUCCACUCCUGGCAGCAAUAGCUCCCUCACUCGACCACAGCAAAGUGAGAAUAGAAGCCCAAACCCGCAUACCAGUGAUGCAACAAUGGUGGAGGAGGUCAGCCUUUUGCGGAAGGAGAUUGAGCUCCUGACAGCGCGAAUUGCUUCUCUAGAGGCGGGCCAUGAAGAAACGGCGAAAGAUACCUCUCAGCGGAAGGUAUCGAACCGGUCGCUGGUGCGUUCAGGGUUACGAUCGGCUUUUUUGGGCAGGAAUUGAUAUCGGACCGCAUGCUAGCUUUGAGCGGGGAGCAUCCUCUCCUUGGGAAACUGAGUAUCAAAGAAUGGUUUGUGAUGGACUGUAUUCCCGAAACUGCAAUCAUGAAGACUAUAUCCAUCUUGUAGAGGAAGGCGGUGAGAAUUACUUAGUGGAAUGAGCUUAGAUUAGGAUUGAAAAGUACUGU